AUGGGAUCGGCAACCAACCCUCUCGUGCUAGAACUAGCGACACCAGAAGAUGUCCCUGCCAUCACUGAGCUAUGGUUUGCUGCAUUCACGCAGCCGGUGAUUGGGAAACUUUUCCCCAACACUCCCGGUAUGCACCAAUGGCACCGGGAUUGGCACUUGGGGGAUAUUCAGAAGUCCCACUACAGAUACCUGCGAGUAGUGGACACCCAGUCAAGAGAUGAGAAAGGCCGACCGCGGCUAGUUGCCUUCGCCAAAUGGGACCUGGCCAUGCCAAAUGAGCGAGGUCGUCGCUUUCCGCAUUGGCAUGAGGACUCGCCUUACCAGGAAUGCGAGGAUUUCAUUGCAGAACUGGAGCAGGCGAGGGAAAGCGUCAUGGGCGAUGAGAAACAUUACUACCUCGAUACCCUUGGCACUCAUCCUGAUUAUCAACGGCGCGGAGCUGGCUCUAUGCUUGUCAAGUGGGGCUGCGACCUGGCGGAUAAGGAUGGCGUUAUGGCAUACGUUGAUGCCAGCAAGGAGGGAGCAUUUCUAUACCAGAAACAUAACUUUGUGGAUUUCAGUCCGCCCGGUUCGGAAGUGGCUUCGAUGGCUCGCCGCCGUCAGGUGACUCCGAGCGAUCGCACUUGA